CGUUGACAAAAGCUAGCUUCACUGUGAGCAGGUAACAGGUUGUGAGCUGCACCUCAGGAGGAUCAAACAUUAGCUGACAGUGAGCCGGGGCGACAGUCCGCAGCUGUUUGUGCCACAUCUCUGCAAAUAUGACGAAGCACGAGUUUGAGGUGGAGAUGACGUGCGAGGGAUGUUCAGGAGCCGUCACCAAAAUCCUCAACAAGUUGGGAGUGGAGACGUUUGAGAUUGACCUGCCGAAGAAGCUGGUUUGGAUCGAGUCUGACAAAGACGUGAAAGUUCUCGAGGAGGCGCUGAAGAAAUCUGGGAAGGAGGUCAAGUACGUCGGCCCCAAAUGAAGGAACCUGCUCCGCACAGAACAGGAAGUCACUGCUGCUGAUGCAACGUGAAGAUUUAAGCUGGAAUUCAAGUCCGAUGGAUCCUGAGAGACCUCCCCCACCCCUCACCUUCCUUCCUUAGAUGCCAAACCUCCAUCCUUAAGCUCACACGCACAAAAACCCCUCUUGGAUGCAGAUCUUCUGUCAGUGUUGUUUGUGAUGUCAUCAUGAUGUCAUGAUGACGUCAUGAUGCCAUCCAUCUGAAAAGAGAAAAAACCAUCUCCUUUAUGUACAGCAUCAUUCUCUCCAUCCUCUGAUUUAGUUUGUCUUCCAUGUGAUGGAGGAUGAAGUGAUGAGGUCAUGAUGUAGUGAUGUCACCACUCUGGAAUUUCUAACAUUGAUGCCACAUGUCAGUCUGUGUGUUGUUUCUGUUAUUCUUUAGUUUACUGCACCAUCUGUGUCCAGCCGCUGCUCGUUCUAUGAUCACAGCUGGUAACGCCGUCCCAAGUCAACAACGUUGCUGUGGAGACAUUGUGCCCGCCCAGACUGGAGGGUGUAGCCAUGUUUCCACAGUUGGGAUGGCCUUACCAGCUGCAGUCACAGAAAGAGUGGCGCUGCCAGCACCUCCCAGCACCUCCCAGCACCUCUGACAGGAGGGAGCUCUGAAAUGAGGAGCUACAGACUCACAGGGUCAGUGGAGGACUAAAAGGAAAUGACUCAUUAAAUUUCACCUCAUUUAUGUUUACUUCUUAAAUAUUAACCAGUUAAUGGACGUCAGGCUACUGGAACUAAAACUGAAAUCCCUAUUUGAUGUUAUUUUUGAUACCACAGGGCAAAUUGACAGUGUGGACAUGAAAUAAAUACAACAAGACUGUAACCUGUCUUUACUGAGUGUCAGAGGACAGAAACAUUCACAGUCAGGUCCCUCUGUGUCCAAACUGCAGUGAAGAUGAAACCGUUCAAAUAAUCUGAAUCAUUAUUGAUAAAUUAGUAUUUGUGAUGUCACUGUUACAGUGACGUUGUUCCUCCUCCAACACGGUGGCCUCAGUCACUCACUCUCCUAUAUCCAGAUUUACUUACAGAUAUUUAGAGAACAAAGUCAGUUUUUAUUAAUCCGAUCCUUCCCACCGUGUCACUUCUGUCACAUGAUGUGUCACAUGUGUUAGCGUGAUGACUGACAGAGGCAGGGAAUGAUCUUUAAUGUGACGCCCAGCUGUAGGAUCAAACAUCAGGACGUUCACACUCCGAUCUGAAACACGGCUGCAGAUUUCCUGGGCUGUAAAACACACUGAACGAUCAGCUGUGACCUUCACUCACUAUUGUUUCACAUGUUGGAUCUGACAUGAGUAAAGACGAUGUGUAGAUCUGCACCGAGGGGGACACUCAGUCCAUCUGCUGGACAUGAAUUUAUCUAACUGCCUCCUUUACACUACGAUGACUCAUUAAUACUACAGCUCAUAUAAUCAUGUUCAUGUCUCUGUUUCUGUUCAGGACCUGAAGUGUUUGUUGAUUUAGUUAUUUUGGGGCGAAGACAGGUCCCACCCUCUGCUGAGCGUUUGUAAUUGUCUGAAUAAACAGUGUGAACGCACACAGGGGAAAUAAAACCUCUUCUGCCUCACCACA